GAAGAAGAGGACUCAUCGAUGUUACCCUCAACAAUAACAUUAUAGUGUUUAAUUUUGGACUAGGAGUCCAAGCAAGGUGUCAGGAAUGCUCCCUGUCCUCCUGCUUGCUGGUUGGAUUCUGGCGCUGUCCGUCCCUGGCACAGCGUCUGAGUCGGCCACGCUGCGGUUUCUGGGCCAGACUGACUUUGUUGUCAACGAGAGCGAGGAAGCUGUGGUCCGACUGGUCGUGGAGAGAGUGGGAGACCCGGUCAAUGUGACUGCUUUGGUUCUGCUUGAGGGAGUGGACACAGGGGAUUUUGAAUCCAUUAAUGCUGCAGCCUUCCUGCUGUCCACUGAGUCCAGUAAGACCAUCUUCAUUGCUGUGAAAGAUGACAACCUGCCAGAAGCCGAUGAGACCUUUACCUUUAACCUUAGAUUACAG